AUGGAGAAAGAGGUAAAACAGAAAUGUCAAUCCAAUGCUGAGAUUGCUGAGCUACUAGAGUUUUUCCAUUUUGCUUGUACAUCAGAGGAUAUAAAUAAUUUAGCCCAAGCAUUGACACUGAAGGUGGCGUUCAACACUGUCAUAUUUCCUGUGAUGAUUGAGUUGUUGAAUUCUGCUUCACCCACUACUUUGGGAAAGGAGAUGGCAAAUUUUACUUACAGACUAAGUGAAGUAGGGAAGACCUUUACAGAAGUGCAAAUAUUGGGCAAGUGUGCUGGAGCUGUUGGAAACUACAAUGCACAUAAAGUUGCAUGUCCUGAUAUUGAUUGGCCAACUGUUGCAGCUGUGUUUGUAACCUUUUUGGGGUUAGGUUUCACCCCGUACGUGACACAGGUAAAAGAGUCUCGUCUCAAUGAUGACUUGGACCAGGUGUGGGAGGUGCUUGCAGAACAAAUACAAACAGUUAUGCACAGAUACAACAUCCCAGAGGCAUAUGAGAAGCUGAAGGAUCUUACCAGACGAAGAGUUGUUAGCAAGGAGAGCAUUCAAAAGUUUACUAAUGGCUUGCAAUUGCCAGAAGAAGCAAAGAGCGUUCUCUUGAAUUUGACUCCCCAAUAA